UUCAUUUAUCUCACACAUAUGACUGCUGUUUUGAGAAAAAAACUGAUGUACAUUCAAACGCUUUGAUUUCAAAACUUUUUAUUGAUAUUAUGAUAUAAUAUUACUAAAUAAUUAUGAUAUAAUCAUGAAACGUGCAACAUAUCAAGACAUCAGUGUAAAACUUAAGAAAUUUCAUUCGUGAAGUCAUUCAAACGUUUUUCAGCAUUUUGAGAAUUAGUGCAGAACAUAGUGUUAAAAACAUUUGACAUUUAAAUUCCAAAAAUGCUACAUAAAAGCCGUAACUGUUUGAAGGCGCCAAGGGAUUUCAAUUUUUAACUAUUCCGCACCUAAUAUUUUUCAUCAUUUGAAUGAAAACAAACUUUCCAGUGACUUUCGAAAUUUUGUAUCAUCGAUUUUGUGCACAAUUGUAACUUUGAACUAUACAAGGACUGGCAGAGAACAUAAAUUUGCAAAGGCCAUGCAUUGUAAUAAACUGUUUUUCGACUUCAUUUGAAUAUUAAAAAGGAACAUUAACCUGUUUUAAAACACAAUCAUGGAAAAUACAACAAAUGUGACCUACACUGAAGAGGAAAUCUUGAGGUCCUUAGAGGCUCUCGGUCCCCAGAUGCAGAUCUUUCUUAUAGUUCUGUACUCAAUGACAGCACUGAUCGCCUUGGGCGGCAAUGCAACUGUUAUCAUUGUCCUCCUCAUGGGAAAAAGAUCCUCACGAGAACUACGAAUAUUUCUAGUCAACUUAGCUGUGUCUGAUGUCUGCAUGGCCCUGUUCUCAAUUCCCUUCACAUAUACUGACUUCAUGCUCGGGCGAUGGAUUUUUCACCCCAGUUUUUGCCCCUUUGUGCAAUUCAUGCAACAUGUGUCAGUAAUUGCUAGUGUUUAUACGUUGACUGCUAUUGGACUGGACAGAUAUUAUGCCAUUAUGUACCCCCUCAGUCUGAGAUGGACCAAAUCCAGAGGCCCUCUCAUCAUGAUGAUUAUCUGGGGAUCGGCGUUCGGACUCUCCAGCUUCCAGCUCAUUCACGGCAGAGCAGAGAAAUUUGUUUUGGGCGGACAAGAAUUUUACGAUUGCACCGAAGUAUGGGAUGAUGUCGAAGGGAAGGUGUACACGGUUGCGGUCUUUGUGGUGACCUUCGUACUGCCCAUGAUCAUUCUGACGUUCGCUUACAGCAGCAUUGGGUGGAAGAUGUGGCGACAUACUUCACCAGGCAAUGCCGAUGCUUCUCGAGACCAGCAACAGCUCAUGGCUAAGUUAAAGAUUGUGAAGAUGAUGUUCACCGUGGUGAUACUGUUCGCCGUGUGCUGGCUGCCCAUCCACAUCUUCAACCUGCUCAUCUACUUCAACCGCGACCUUGUGAUGCCCGAGACGGACUCCGAAUUCACCGACUUCACCGCCGCUUUCUUCACCUGCCACUGGAUCUCCAUGGCCAACAGCUUCGCCAACCCCAUCAUCUACUGCUUCAUGAGUGAGAACUUCAGAACGGAUUUAAAACAGCUCUUGUUCUGCUGUUGCGCCAUCCGUCCCCGCACCAUGGGAAGACGCAUGAAGAACAACAGCGACCACAGCUCCUUCCGCACAACCACCCUCGUCCUUUCCUCCUGCUCCGUCAAACAGACGACGGGCAUCCCCCUCAGGAGUCUGCAUGUCGAUAUGUUUCCAGCCAAGUGAUCACCAUUCCUCCUCUCUCUGUGUUAAUC